AUGUCGGCCGGCGGCGGGGGCAUCGCCGACAAGAUGUUCCCCGGCUACAAGGACAAGGUCUGGGCGCGGCUGCCGCAGGGAGUCAAGGAGUACCAGGUGAAGAGCGCCAACAACGCCUUCGAGAGCGGGCUGAAGCAGCACAAGACCUGGCAAGGCUACCUCCUGGCUUGGAAGGACAUGGAAGCCGGCUUUGCACCCUCGCAGAAGUACCGCAAGCAGGCCGUGGAUUGGCGCAGGCAGAUGGAGCGUGGCACUAUGCACUACGGACGAUGGUAUGAGGGCCCGAAGAACACGGACUACCGCCCAGGCAAUACGCACGAUCGCCUCACCGCCGACCCGCGCGCCCACUUCACGGAACCCGAGUGGGAGGAGCGCAAGCAGUAUAGGUCCUGGGACCUCAUGAAGUUCGGGUAUGGCCUGCUGGCGAUCUUCCUGGGCUACCGUGUGACCAACGAGUGGCCUGUGGUCUGGUGCGAGGAGAAGGCUGAGUGA